AUGGAGUCGCUUUUGGUAAAUCUCAAGAAACAACUUACUUGUUCGAUUUGCCUCGAUACCUACACCGAGCCCAAAACUUUAUCAUGUCUUCACACGUUUUGCUGUGAAUGUUUGGAGAAACAUGCAAGAGUGAGCCAGAAACAGGGAAAAUUCAGAUGCCCGGAGUGUCAAGCAGUGAUCGAUUUACCAGAAGGAAAUCGCUUCGACCGUUUGCCUAACAGCUUCUUCCAUAAAAGUUUGUUGAGUCUUCUCGCUGUUCGACAGAGUGGCAAGGCAAGUAGUAUUACUUGUUAUCAUUGUAGCGCAACUAACCCUCAGAUGUACUACUGCUUCGAUUGCGGACGAUUCAUGUGCCCUGAUUGUUUCAACGCACAUGAAGUGCUCAAGAAGUCUUUUCAAGGACACAAAGUCACGCCACUUCAAGACUUCAAAGUAGAAGAUUACGAAGCAUUGUUAAAGCGACAACCGUUUUGUUCUCAAGAGUUCCACGAGAGAGAAAUUACACGGUUUUUUUGCUCGCAGUGUCAGGUUUGCAUCUGUCCAAUUUGCAUAGUCACGGAUCAUCAAAACCACAAAGUUGUUCUUCUCGACAAAGCAGCCCACGAGGAAAAGGAUAACAUAAUUUCGGGCGCUAAAUUGAUCAAGAAAAUGGAAAGCGAGCUUCAGGAAGUCAUUAGGCAGUUUGAAGAAACCAUUUCUAAGCUGGAAAGCAAUAUGGCAACGGCUAAGCGAGGCGUCAAGCAAACAGCUGAACAAAUGAUCGCAAAUAUUCGAGAGCGCGAGCGAGAGGCGUUAGAAUCCCUCGAGGCAACACGCGUGUCGAGACUCCAUAAAAUUAACUUGGCCAAACAGGAAGUGGAAUCCUUAGUAAAACAAAUGAACCAAGCAGCUCAGUUUGCGGAAAACCUGGUGCAGAGAACCUCAAGCUCGGAUAUUAUGCAGAAUAAAGAAACUUUAAAGACCAAAUUUGAAGAGCUUCUGCGAGUUGAAGUUCCAAAACAUCAGCAGACGACAUUCAUUAAAUUCACUGCGGCAUCUCAAAAAGACUUGAGACUAGGUUUUAUUGAAGGCACUGAAAAAAUCGCAAAGGCAGCUAAAUCAACUUUAGAAGGACUGGAUCAAACUUUCCAGGCUGGUGUAGACGCACAGUUUACGUUAUGUCCAAAGACACAUGGAGAAGAGAUAAGUAACCAGGCUGAUCUUAAGGGUCGAGUUGAAUUGCUGAUUAAACCCGUCGAAGAUGUUACAGACGUGAUUGUUGAAGAGAAAGAAGACGGCAAUCUUAGACUGAAGUUUACUCCCAAAGUAUCUGGCGCCUAUAGUAUUGAGGUGAAGAUUAAUGGCGAUAAACUACCGACCUGUCCCAUGACUAUGCAAGUAAAAGAACGUGAACUUGUUGUGGUCAGGGAGUUGAAGUUAAAGCUCUUUUCAGGCGACACGCUUAAAGGGUUGUAUGGAAUUGCUGUGAAUACAGAAGGCCAGAUAGUUGUGACAGAUAACAAUGGCCACUGUGUUUAUGUGUUUGAUAAAGAUGGUAACUGUUUGAGAAAAAUUGGAGGCCGAGGUAGCAGUACAGGACAAUUUCAGUUCCCUGCUGGCAUUUUGUUUUUAAAUGACAACGAAGUCCUAAUUGCAGAUAAUAUCAAUGAUAGAAUACAGCGACUUAAUAUUAACACAGGAACUGUUGUUAAAAGUUUUGGGAAAAAAGGCAGAAAAAAAAAAGGAGAGUUUGGCUGGCCAAUAGACGUUACUGUGGAUGAUGAAGAACGCAUUGUUGUAACUGAGCAUCGAAAUGGUAGGAUACAGGUGAUGUCAGAGGAAGGAGAGUCUAUUUUCACAUUUGGAGACAAAGGCUCAGAGAAACUACUUGGUCCAACCUGCUGCACUCUUUACAAAAACGUGUUUCUCGUAUCUGAUACAAGCAACCACUGCAUAAAAGCUUUUGAUCAGUUAGGAACAUUCUUAUACAAGUUCGGCAAACAAGGGAAUCAAGAUGGACAAUUUAACCGGCCGCGUGGUUUGCUUGUAGACAGCUCCGAUAAUCUUUUAGUAUGUGACUUUGGCAAUAACCGAGUUCAGCAGUUUUCUUCAGACGGUCGCUUCACCGGCAAAAGUAUCACCCGUUUAUCUCAGCCUAUGGCGAUAACAAAAGCACCAGACGGGCGUAUUCUUGUUACUAGCUAUGAUGAGAAAAAAUUGUACACUUUGAAAUAGACUUUUUCAAAAGUGAAUUUUGCUUCUUGAGCCGCUCCUUACCUGUGUCUUUUUUUAUUUUUAGUGCUGUUUUAUCACUUGUCUGGAAGAACUCUCAGCAAUGAUAUCAAGACUUACAAUUACGCUUGGAGACAAAAACCUUUUGACUUGAAGUAAUUAGCCCAGGUCUUUCAAGUUCGUCAGUUUCAAGCCGUUUUAAUCUUCUCCACCCUCAUCACUUGGCCAUCCAUGUUUCUUCUCGGUUUAUUAAUAUCCUCUUUAAUUGUUUUUUCUCCGAUCUGAAGGCUUUGUUUUUGUUUUUUCUUUAAGUUCGAGGUAUUUUUGCGCAUCGUCGGUUGUGAUUUGAAUAAUAAUCUAGACCAAGAAAUUUAACGGCGAGUCCUUAAAAAAAUUGCUAAUAUAGCAGAAAAACUACGUGCUGUAUAGAAACAUUUAACAAGUUUGACUUUUUUCAUAGACUGAGAAUAUAUAGCUGGAAAACGUUAAGACCAUGUGCUGCUUUUUGCAAUCAUUUAUUGGACAGGAUAGAUAAAGUCCGGGUUUUUCAAUCUAAGAAAAUAUAUUUUUGAUUAAAAUUUAAUUUAAGAACAAUUUAUGAUUGCAUAAUUUCACAUGUAUAAGUAAUCAACAAGCACAAGAAGGAAGGUGACAACUGUUUUUAAAAAUGGGCAUCGACUGGGUAAUUACGUCAUAAUUAGAGGUGGUUAGUGAUUUUCUAACUAAGCUUAAGUGUUCUUAAGACUGUUUUGAAAAAUAGUCUUAGAUUUUGUUCCAUAUAACAAGGCGAGACAAAUUAGGAAUGCAUUGAAUAAAUGAGACUCAAAAGUUCCAAUUUUUUGUUAUGAAUGAUUAGAAAAUAACUUCCAGUUUUAAAAGGAAAUGACAUUUCAAAAUAAAGUUAUUUGAAAAAUUAACGCGGAAAUAUCAUUUCAAAACUCGCUAAAUCAUCAAUACCUUGGUUUCCGUGGAAAAUAAAAAAAGACUAUGUCGAGUUUCUAGUGUAACUAUAAUUGGCAGUCAGGAAACCGGAGCCGAGGGAAAAAAAUUCCAAACCGCUAUAUGGGACAAAAGCAGGGAUUAGGUCUGGUGGUGAAUAGUCACUAGCGUUGUAAGAUUUACCGUCACAAAUUUGAAAAUAUCGUCCAAAUCGGAAGCUAUUUUAUGUCCAUUUAGACUCGCUUAGAGAUUUCUCAUUACAUGUCCCUGCAGCUGAUUGCCCAGCGAACUUGACAUUCACCCCGUGGAAGGAGCGAGUUCACGGGGUUAGGUUUUAAACGUUGAGAAUCGCAUGCGCCACAACAAUCACAGCUCUUGCACGUAUUGCAAACCUAAUAGGACGCUUUUCUUAUAA